UCGCCGCCUGAAACCCUAACGAGGCCUCUUCUUCUACGGUGAGAACUCGUUGGUGGAUCGGACACACCUUAAGUUUCGAUCAUGAGUAAGCUUCAGAGCGAUACCCUCAGGGAGGCCAUUUCUGUCAUCAUGGCCGGGUCCAAGGAAAAGAAUCGUAAGUUCACAGAAACGAUAGAGCUUCAGAUUGGGCUGAAGAAUUAUGACCCCCAGAAGGACAAGCGUUUCAGUGGUUCUGUUAAGUUGCCACACAUUCCCCGUCCAAAGAUGAAGGUCUGCAUGCUUGGAGAUGCUCAGCAUGUUGAAGAGGCUCAGAAGAUCGGUUUGGAGUACAUGGAUGUUGAAGCGCUGAAGAAGUUGAACAAGAACAAGAAAUUGGUCAAGAAACUGGCUAAGAAGCACCAUGCCUUCUUAGCAUCAGAAGCUGUUAUCAAGCAGAUUCCCCGUCUUCUGGGUCCUGGUCUCAACAAGGCAGGAAAGUUCCCAACCCUUGUUUCUCACCAAGAAUCCCUUGAGUCUAAAAUUGCGGAGACAAAAGCAACAAUUAAGUUCCAACUGAAGAAGGUUCUUUGCAUGGGAGUUGCUGUAGGAAAUGUCUCAAUGGAGGAGAAGCAAAUUUUCCAAAAUGUGCAAUUGAGUGUGAACUUCCUUGUUUCACUAUUGAAAAAGAAUUGGCAAAAUGUAAGGUGCUUGAACCUGAAGACCACCAUGGGGAAGCCAUACCGUGUUUAUUAGUGUCUUCACUUAGCUUGGAGAUUUGUAGCUGCAGGUUGUAAGGAGCCUGCUACUUCAUAGGAAGUGUGUUUAAUUGGAUGGUCCAGCUUUUUUCUUAUACGCCUAUUUUACUUUGCUCGGUAAUUGUCAGACCUUGGUUUGUUAUACAUUAUGUUAUUAUUAUUGGAGAGUAAACUGGAUUUCAUUU